AUGACAAUGGCGAUCGACCAAAGAAGUGUCGAUUUGACGAAUGCGACUUUCAAUAUUGUAGGAUCGAAUGCAACCGCAUCCGAAGCAUCCCUAGCCACUUCGCAACUGUUCGUGUCUUUUCUCACUCAAUAGGCACCAUGAACUUGCAGAGAAGGAAUCGGUACUUGUCGGUACACAACUCUCAUGGCCAAAGGGAACACAGUCGCGAAUUUGAGCAAGUUGGAAUUUGAAUCGAAUGGAAUAACGGUUGAGGUUGGUACUCGGUACUGUUUCCAAAAGUGUAUAAAACUGUGAAAAGAGGUUGAGCGGCAGUUUUUUCAACACUUUAGCGAUGUAAAAAACGGAAAACAAACAUAAACGCUGAAUAGAAUAGUCUUGAUAUGACAGAUUCCGUUCAAAGUGGCUCGGUACACGGCUCCGUCGCCGGUCAUCAUCUGCAUUUCGCCGCAAUUCGUCGCCGAACAAUGGCAGAUGUUUCUGAUGCACGUGCAUGCCGCACAUCGGUACGUUUCACUUCUAGUGAUUCUGAGGGAAAAGUUUGACAGGAUAUUGUAGUUUUGAAACGGUCACCACUGAAAACAUAGAGCAGUCAGUUUCAGAAACCUGACAAAAACGCACAUUUUUUGAUUGCAUCUUUCAUUUCAUUGACCACUCCAGUUUUGCAGAUUCGGAGGACACCUGCACGUGUACGUCACCUCGAUGAUCGCUGCGUACUUUGAACUGAUGAAAGAGUACGAACGACAGGGAUACAUGACACUCGACUUCUGGCUCCGAAUGAAGUUCACACACUCGCAAACCGCCUACUUUGAGCCGAACGCCAACGUGGAGUGGAGAAAUCAGGCGGGCGCCGAGACCGAUUGUCUUUUACAGUAUAAGGUUGGCGCGGGGGGGUUCUAGCCAGGGCUGGGUAUAAUUUUAAAAGGAGAAGAAGACAUGCUUGAAAGUAGAAAAAAGGUGAAAAGAAAGUAGGUGAGUUAAAUUUCGAUGAAAUGAAAGCUGAAAAAUUUCGAAAAUUAGCGGAAGUGAAGAGUGUAAUGACAACGAGAUGCAUGAGAACGAAACGAAAGAAAAAAACGGAUGGGAACAACGUUAUGAAUCGAAAAUCCAAUCAGACAGGAAAACUGUCGGUUCCACACAUUUCCGCUUCGGAUUGAGCAUUUUUCUGUGACAAUAUUUGAUAAUGAAGUGGAAAAAGUUGAAAAAAAAGAAAACCCUUUCGAAAACACGUUUUUUCUUUAUUUAAAAUGCUUUGUGUGCAAACACCGCUCAGUGAACCGAAUUGCUUACCGUACCAUUGGCCGGCCAAGGCUUUUUUGCAGUGGAGCGCGCUUGCAACUAGGGCUUUUCAUUUGCCCAGCCCUGGUUCUAGCACAUUCGGAAGAGUUGUGGAUGUGUGUUUAGGAGGCGGCACAGUACAUUGCAUUCUUCGACAUGGACGAUAUUCUGUUCCCCAAGAACUACGCGACCUAUCUGCAAGAGUUCAAUGCGGAAUGGGCUCUCCAACCCAACUCUUCGUCGAUUUUGUAUGGAAGACGAGAGCACGAGUUUGUGAAAGGUGAACAGACACUCAACCGAAGCUUCGCAACCACAUUUUCCAGCCGAAACCCUGUCAGAGUUCAGUUUCAUCGAACUGGUCGACAGUCUCAAGUCGUCGCCACUUGUGAAACGUGGCAAAGUGGUCGUGAAGCCGGAACGAUACAAUUCCACGUGGAUUCACUACAGUCAGCACGAGGAUCUGAGCACCAGGUUGGCUGAAAUAAUUUCCGGGGGACAUCAUUUCGUUUUGUUUGUUGCCAGACACAAGGUGGAGCAUCCCUCGCUCGUGCACGUCCAACGUCCGCUCCAGAAGCACAGCGACAACAAGAUGACGACGUUGUGGAAGAUGGAAUUCGGCCAACUCAACGAGACGAUCCGUGCCGACGACGUGGCCGCCAUCGAAGCGGACAUUUGGCGGAUGCGAAACCUCUCCCAAGUGGCCCUCAUCUCCCAGAACCUUCCCGACAAGGACUUUUACCUUCCGAUCGUCUUCAAGUGCUACUACGACGCGUUCUACGGCCCGGCAUUCGACCAUCAGAAGGGGCGAAUCGGGUGUCCGAACGCGGAUUUUUGUGAACUUCCGCAAAGGGAGGAGUACAAGUGCGUGCACUCGAAUGCCCAAUACUUUUCGGGACCUCACAUGGAACCAGUCACCUAUCAUUUCACCCAGGAUUCGCAUUGGUCCCGCACGAUUGGAUGUUACCAGUAG